ACUACAGCCCGACCCAGUAAUGUCAACAACAACUUGCCCGUCACCGUCAGUUAAGGCUAGUUCAACACAGUCCAGUGUCCAGAGUUCACAAUUAUCAAGUCUCCAGUCACUGACCAUCUCAGCAACCAGCACCGAGCAGAACACACUAGUUAGCACACUGACCACGACAUUGACCAUCUGCCCAAGCUCUCUUCAGCCGUCCAGUUUUUCAACACUUUUCAACAACCCAAUGUCCAGUAGUUUUAUUCCAUCAACUUGGUGUACGCUAACCAGCACACUGACCAACACAGUCGUCAGCAAAUUGACCACAACAAUGAUGAAUACAAUGACAAGUACAAUUAAUCUCUGCCCAAGUUCAUCUCAUCCGGAGAAUUCCUUAAUAUCUAACACGGCAAUAUCCAGCAGUUUGCAUCCAUCCACUGAAUGCACGCUUACCAGGACACUGACCAACACACUGACCAACACACUAACUAGCACGCUGAACAUAUGUUUACAGUCACCAUCGUCCAUGACCUUAAGUCCAUCAUACUUGUCGUCUAGAACAGACAAUUUAUUAAGUAGUUCCUCGUCUAGUUAUUCUACAACUGGCUUCAUGCCCUUGUCAACCAGCUCCCAGACCCCAACCCUACAGCCGACCCUAACCCUGGAGCCGACCCCAGCGUCCAUCUCCCCAGGUCUGACCGAGGUCGAAACCUCUGAGAUUGUCGAGAGCAUCAGAAGGGAUUUACUGGUCGACCCAUUGACCACCUCGGCCUACAUCAGGACUAAAAUCUCCAUCCCUGACACCAGACCCACGUCCAACUUUAUUGGAGGGGUCGGGGUCGUCUUCCUGUCAUUGGUGGGGUCGCUGUUUAUACUCUGUGAUUUGACGUACGUUUUUGACGCCUUCAAGGCGAUAAUACAGAAACUGAAGCAUUGACUGCUUGAUUAUUUUAGUGUUUGGGCUUUAGAGUUUGUUACUAAAUGUAUAUUUUUGCCGACGAUAUUAUGUUGUCCUUUAGACAUGGGAAUGUAUGUUAAAUUUAUAGACACUUCACUACAGAUGUAGAACAAAAGAAACUUGCAUUCACACAGUUUUUACUCCUGACUGACGGAGGCUAGACUUCUUCAUGUUUUGUAUUUCUUUUUUAAAUGUUGUCAGCUACUGCGCUGCUAAUGUAAAAGUUAUACAUCAGUGCGUCCUCUCUCAUCCUGUCAAGCAAAUAAA